CGCCGAACCUUCCUCUCGGUUCCCUCCUCCGUUUUCCUCUGCUUGCUGUGCAGGAGAAUGCCGCUUGCCUGGUGCCACGCGCGAGCGGGAGCCAUGAGCCGCCGCUUGUGCGAGUCAGUCUGGGAUUUUGACGAGCAUCGGUGCAGUGCGGCCCUCUUUGGAUUUCAGUGUCCUUACGGACCACCACACAUUCGUAUUAGAUCCGCGAUUUUUCAGUUCAAUCGAUGCGUGUCGUCACGACACAUGCAGCAAAGGCAGGAAUGGGUAGUGCUUCGUUGUUAGUACGAUUUCAGAAUGUAGCAAGACAAUUUGAUUGGACGGUUUGUGAAGUUAGGAUCCUGUGAUGCUUUAAUCGAAGGGCAGGUGGUACUAUCAUGGGAUUUGGAUAGACGGUGUCAAUUUGAGUGAUGCUGAGAGUGUUUGUCUUCGUGGGAUAGUUUGGUGUGCGCCUGUCCCUUAGUAAUGGCCAAUGGUGACAGUAGUGAAAUAAUUUGGUGGACCACUGUCCGUGUUGCAAUAGGAGUAAACAGGCUAGCAAUGUGUGAUUGGUACAAGUUCAGCAAAAAAAUCUUGGUUGUGCAUAUGAUGAAAAACGUGUAGACAACAUUCUCUUAAAAUAAUGAAUGAGCAGAUGAGAUUUAGUUUUUGCCUUACUCAUGUUGUAGGUAAACUAUUUCACUGGGAUUGUAAGUAAUGGGUUUCAGAUGGCAAAGGAGCCCUGAACGUGAAAUGUCCAUAGGUUCAUUUCAACUUUCGCUGAGCCUGUUUUGGUUUUCUGGUGAGCAGAGGGUGGGGAGAACCUGUUGAUAGCUACCUGUGAGAUAUUUUGCUUGGUACUUUGGUGCACUGCUAGAGUUGGCCACUUGCACAUAGAGAAAGGAAUGAUGCAAGAAUAAACCCUAGGACAUGUGGUUACACGAAAAAGAUUUGUAGGCCAUGACAACCUGGAUGGGCACCUGAGUCGGUGGUUGUCUUGAGACCAAGUUUUGGUGGCGGGGUUUGCCUACCCACUACUAGCUGACUAGCCUGUUCCUACUCUUCACAUUUGUAAAAUAGAAAGUUAGGUGAUCCUUGGAUCGUUCUGAAGUUGUUUAAGCCUUUAGCAUCAGAUCUAGCUUACAAUUUCAGUACCGGAACUGGUUGAAAUUCAUUUUUCUUCAGAAAUCAUCAGCGUGACAGUUUACAUUCAACCUGUCUUGUUGAUGUCAAAAGAUGAUGAACAUCCACCUAGAAGCAAUGAGAAGUUCAUAUUUGGUUAGGCUAACCAGGCUCCUGAACAAAUAUUUGUUCUUUCUAUAUUUGAUAAUAAUGUUUUACAGUAGAUAUUGUCUACUUGCUUUCUUGUUUGCUAUCUUUCUUUCUUGUACCAAUUUUUAAAUUGCUAACACUGAAAAACUUGACAGAGGGCCUAUUGAAGCAUCUCAUGAACUGUGUUCACUCAAACUUGUCUUUCAGCCGUUUCCUGCAAUUUCGGGAUCCACGUGCGCAAAGGCGGCAUCCCCUUGUUGAUCCCAUGAUUGUGUCAGAGAUUCGGCGAUGUCUCAAUGAGGGGAUUGAAUUCCAAGGCGAGCUGCUCAAUUUUCGGAAGGAUGGUGCUCCACUUUACAAUAGAUUAAGGCUCAUUCCUAUGCAUGGGGAUGAUGGCUCUGUGACACAUGUUAUUGGGAUCCAGCUAUUCUCUGAGGCAAACAUUGAUCUCAGCAACAUAUCAUAUCCAGUGUAUAAACAACAGUCUAACCACAGGCCUAGCAUUCAAGAUCUGAACUCAGCUUCUCAUGAACAUACUCCAAAAAUCCAGAGUUCAGACUACUGUGGUAUCCACCAAUUGUCAGACGAAGUUCUUGCACACAACAUUUUAUCUCGCCUGUCACCAAGAGAUGUCGCAUCGAUUGGAUCAGUCUGUACCAGAAUGCAUGAACUAACCAAGAAUGAUCACCUGAGGAAGAUGGUCUGCCAGAACGCUUGGGGAAGAGAUGUCACUGUCAGACUUGAGAUAAGCACCAAGAUGUUAGGAUGGGGUCGCCUUGCAAGAGAGCUAACAACCCUUGAGGCUGCCUCAUGGAGAAAGUUUACUGUUGGAGGACGUGUGGAGCCUUCCCGUUGCAACUUCAGUGCAUGUGCUGUUGGUAAUCGCCUUGUCCUGUUUGGAGGGGAGGGAGUCAACAUGCAGCCUAUGGAUGAUACGUUUGUGCUUAACUUGGAGGCUGCAAGGCCAGAAUGGCGCCGGGUCAAGGUCUCUGCCUCCCCACCCGGCCGGUGGGGGCACACUCUGUCAUGGCUGAAUGGGUCAUGUCUGGUAGUAUUUGGAGGCUGUGGACAGCAAGGUUUGCUCAACGAUGUCUUCGUCCUUGACCUUGAUGCUCAGCAGCCUACAUGGAGGGAGGUUGCCAGUGAGGCUCCUCCACUGCCACGGUCUUGGCACAGCUCAUGCACUUUGGAUGGUUCAAAGCUCGUUGUCUCAGGUGGGUGCACUGAAUCUGGAGUUCUUCUCAGCGACACCUUCCUCCUUGACCUCACAAAGGAAAAACCAGCUUGGAGGGAGAUCCCUACAUCCUGGUCUCCACCAUCCCGCCUUGGUCACACCUUGUCUGUCUAUGGUGCAACCAAACUAUUCAUGUAUGGUGGACUGGCAAAGAGCGGCUCUCUCCAGCUGCGUUCCAGUGACGCAUACACGAUGGAUGUUGGUGAAGACAGCCCCCAAUGGAGGCAGCUGGCGACAACUGGCUUCCCAAAUGUCAUUCCACCGCCAAGGCUUGAUCAUGUCGCUGUGAGCCUGCCAUGUGGGAGAAUCAUCAUAUUUGGCGGCUCGAUUGCUGGCCUGCACUCACCGGCACAGCUGUUCCUGAUCGACCCUGCUGAGGAGAAGCCGACAUGGAGGAUACUGAACGUCCCUGGGCAGCCACCGAAGUUCGCCUGGGGACACAGCACAUGUGUGGUGGGUGGAACAAGAGUUCUGGUCCUGGGAGGCCACACCGGGGAGGAGUGGAUCCUGAAUGAGCUCCAUGAGCUUUGCCUUGCAAGCAGGCCUGAUGAAGAUGAGUGAUCUCUGAUCUCUUCGUGCAUGGCUGUGCAUUUGAUUUAGAUCCUAUGCUAUUCAGACCUACUUUCAGUAUGUUUCCUCAUUAUGCAUCGGUAUAAAAAGGUAGUGGAAAUUGAUCUGAAAAAAAGAGGUUAGUCCUGGAGAGUUUAGUCUACUUUGUUGUUGUCAUUCGAGAUGUUUUCUUGCAUCUGCAUUGGUGUAAAAAAAUAGUGGAAAUUAGUCUGAAAAAGGAGGUUAGUCCUGGAGAGUUUAGUCUACUUUUGGUGUUGUCAUCCGAGAUGUAUUUGUUAUUAUGGUCCAUAUAUUGGUUUUUAUUUUAAGAACCCCCCCACCCACCCAGGAAAAAGGAAGAAAAAAAAAAGUAGAUUGUGAAUUCGUGUGGAAGUUGUAACCCAGCAUUGCUUGUAUCUGCUCAUAUUUGUAUCGAAUUUACUAUAUUAUCACUU